AACCACCCCCAAAGCGGGAGUCGACGCGAACGGUAGACUUUCCUCCUUACAAACAGUCUCUAGUGAGAGAGAGAGAGAGAGAGAGAGAGAGAGAGAGAGAGGAGGGGAAGAAGAGAGACGGGAAUGUAGACAUAGAGAUUUGGGUACAACAGGAAAUAAGAACCGGGUGUUACAGAAGGAACAUUAAUGGAGACGUCAGACAAGUUUCAAUAAGGAGAAAGAGGGAGAGAGAUCGAGGGGAACAACCAAAAAUGACGACAGGGAUAAUCCAUGAGCAGAGCCUGGAGAAGCAGAUGGAGAAACAAAUGGGUUGCAUGGCCGGAUUCCUUCAGCUCUUCGACCGUCAUCAGCUUCUCGCCGGGAAACGCCUCUACUCCACCAAACGCCUCCCCCCCUCUCCGGCCGUUGAUUCCACAAGUGAGUCGGAGAAAUCCGUUGGAUCCCCGACGUACACCAGAGAACUUCACCCGUUAAAGCACCAACAACAGCCUUACACGCGGUCAUCCCCUGAAAGUGUGAAGCAUCCUACGCCGGAAACUUGCUCUCCGGCUCCGGAACUGGCAAACCCGGUGGAGACUCCGGUCAGAAAGCCUCUUCCUUUUCCAGUUUUCGAAUUCAAGGAAGGUUUGCGUUCUUCGUGGAAGUUCAAAGAAUCUCCACGGCUUUCUCUGGAUAGCAGAGCAAUUGUUGACGGUAAGGGAAGCCUAUACCCGAGGGAGAUCCGAACCAACGCGGCGAUUUUCGCCGCGACUCAAUUCGAGAGCUCUGCAGAAACGGCGUCUCCCGAAGAUAACGACAAGCAGCGUCGUUCGCCUAGCGUCAUAGCCCGGCUUAUGGGCCUCGAAGCGCUGCCCAACUCCGGGCGCGAGCCUCUCAAGAAAUCAGACCAGCCUGAGCUACGGAGAUCUGCUUCGGAAUCCAGAGUAUCAAGAGAUCUGCUUCAGUAUCGUUUCAUCGACGGGAACAACUUCCAUCUGAAGCAGCAGUUCCAGACCAGCUUCGGAGUUAACGUCACCAGCAAUGUGAUUAGAGACAAUGCAGCUCCGGAAGAUAAUAAGUCUAACAUCAGGAAACCGGAUUCAAUUGACUUCUGUGUGAGAGAACCAAAGCCCGAACCAUCGCGACCUUCGAGCGGAGGCCUAUCUACGUCAUCAUGGAAGACGCAGCAGCAUCGUAAGAGUUUCUUUGACACGCAGGAUUUCUUUCCGGAACCAAAACACACGGACUCUCUCUACGGAGAGAUCGAGAAGCGGUUGAAGAUGCGGGGAAUCGAUGAACCAGCAAAGGAUCUGGAGACGCUAAAGCAGAUUCUAGAAGCUCUGCAACUCAAGGGACUUCUGCAUUCCAAGAAACCAGCAGAGCAGAUCCGACACAGAAAUUUCAUAUAUGACCGGAAAUUCUACGCUGAGGAAUCGCCGAUUGUCGUCAUGAAGCCAUCUAAGUCACCAGUUUCUAUCAACCGGUCCGGGAGAACAGCAACAGAGUCACCUCUUUCGAAUUUCAGAUCCAAACCUGGAGUCCGCCGGAACCUCAACCUUGCCGGAGAGUCAUUGCCACCGGUUAGACCGAGGCGGGAUCGGCCGGAAAUUGAUCGAAACAUGCAAAGUGAAAGAAGAACGAGAAAUUCAAAGUCACCUGAUCGAAAUGAGAGUAAUGCAAGAAGUCCGAGUUCACUUGCACGAAGAAAACAAUUGAGUAUCGAUACCGAGAGGAGAGCAAAUGAUUCAGUGGAGCAGCAGCGGAGAACCUCUCCUAUUAACUCCCCAAAGGUUAAUCCGAAGAAGGUCGGAUCGGAUCAAGCGACAAUUAGAUCACCGAGGAACAGGAGACGGACACCUGAAAUUUUUCCAAAAGAGAGAAUUUUCAGCCACGCGGAGGAUCAAUCAUCCACUGUUUCUGAGAGCAGCAUCAGUACGUCCUCUCUGGCCGAUACAGAGUUUCAGAGAUCGAAAAUGGAAGAAUACAAGGAAGGGAGGAGCCUCCUAGAGAGAUGCGACAAGCUGCUUCACAGCAUAGCCGAAAUCACAGCAACCGAGUUGCAGCCGAGUCCCGUAUCGGUCCUUGACUCGUCUUUCUACAAGGACGAGUCAUCCCCUUCGCCAGUCAUGAAGCGUUGCAUCGAUUUCAAAGAUCAAUCGGGAGAGAUAGAAGACGAGAACUGGAGCCCAGUGGUGUCACCGGUCCGGUUGAAAUUUGAAGACAAAUCGGAUGAUUCUGACUUCCUUUAUAUCUCGGAGAUUCUUCGGGCUUCCGACUGCCUGUCCGAGGACUGUGAUGUCUUCUUCUUACUGGAGAAACAAUAUUACGGGGGGAACUCUUCGUGUGAUGAUACUUCCGCUCUCCACCGGAAGCUUGUAUUCGACACAAUCGCUGAAAUUCUGGAUAGAAAGAGACAGUUGCCGCCAUGGAAGGCCUUUUCUGGGACGAAUUCUGUGAUAGGAAAGCCGUCGUUGCGGCAGAUAUGGUCGGAAUUCCGGAGGAUCCGAGAGAGGGACGCGGCGGAGGACCUGGUGGAGAUCAUCUGCGGGGUGCUUCGCAAGGAUAUGGCCGGAGACGGCAUCAACGGAUGGGGGGACUGUCCCGAGGAGGUGUCGGAGAUGGUGCUAGAUAUCGAACGUAUGAUAUUCAAGGAUCUGGUGGCCGAGACGAUCCGAGAUCUCGCAGUCUCUGCCCCGAAAAUCAGAGUCCCGGCGCCACCACCUAGGAGGAAGUUAUUAUUUUGAAUGAAAUUAUUCUUGGCGCGCUUUCACUUUGUUGGGUCUCGGACUCUCGGUCGGGUUUUCGGUUUUCUUCGUAAAAAUGGGAAAGGAAAUCUCGUUUGCUUUUUAGA